GUCAGCCAACGCCCAGAGCGCACGGCUCACGGCCCGCCCCCUGGCGACUCAGGCGUCCCUAACGACCAACCGCGCCAACCGCGGGUGAGAGCAAUCUCCUGGGUCCCCGGAGCAGAGUCCCAGGGAAGAAGAUGUCACUCAAUACCACCUCAGGGCAGCCUGGCGACAGCCAGCCAGACUAAGGCCAAACAGUGAAUGAUCCACGACCCCAUCUCGCAUCCCGCCUGAACCAAGGAUUUUCCAGGUUGAGAAGCUUCCUGUAACAAGUUGCCUCGCCCACAGCCAACAUGCUUGAGACCCCAGCAACGUCAUCAGCCGCCGGGUCUCACACGUCCAUGUACAACAUCCAGCACCAGCCCUCCGCUGGAGGUGGUGCCAGCUCACUGCCUCCAACCUUGAAAUCUAACCCCAGCCCUGCCCCAGCCCAUCUGAAGCCCAAGACCACAAAUGUCCGGCGCAUGCGCCGGAUCAUCUCUGAGGACGCCGAGUGGUCGCUGGCCAUCGUACCACUCCUUACAGAACUCUGCAUCCAACAUAUCGUCAAGAACUUCCAGAACAACCCUAUCCUGAAGCAGCUGCUCCCAGAGCACCAGCAGAAAGUGUUGAGCCACCUGCCCCCUGACCUGCCCCUGAAGGUGACUGCCAACUUGAUUGAUGAUGAGAACUAUUGGCAUCGGUGCUGCGUCAAGCGCUGGCCCGUGUGCCACGUGGCCAAGCAUGGCGGCAGCUGGAAGCGCAUGUUCUUCGAGAGACACCUGGAGAACCUGCUGAAGCUCUACAUCCCAGGUACCACGGACCCCAACGUGAUCCUGGACCUGCUGCCCCUCUGCAGGAACUAUGUGCGCCGCAUCCAGGUGGAUCAGUUCCUCCCGCCUGUGCGGCUGCCAACCCCGCCCCAGACUGAGGAUCAGUCCGACUCUGGCAGCGAGGGAGAGGGGAAUGAACCUGAGAAGGACCACUACCAGCUGGACGCCCUGGUGGCUGGCCUCAAGUGCCUGGAGGAGCUGGACCUGGUAUACGGCGUCAAAGACUGCGGCAUGAACUUCGAGUGGAACCUCUUCCUCUUCACCUUUCGAGACUGCUACUCCCUGGCAGCCACCAUCAAAGCCUGCCACACCCUCAAGAUCUUCAGGCUGACCCGAAGUAAGGUGGAUGAUGAUAAGGCACGCAUCCUAAUCCGACACCUCCUGGACCACCCAGCCCUUGAGGAGCUGGACCUGUCCCACAACCUCAUUGGAGACCGCGGUGCUCGCGCAGCAGCCAAACUGCUGAGCCACAGUCGCCUGAGAGUGCUCAACCUGGCCAACAAUCACAUCCGCGCUCCUGGGGCACAGUCGCUGGCUCAUGCCCUGGCACACAACACCAACCUGGUCUCCCUCAACCUCCGCCUCAACUGCAUCGAGGACGAGGGCGGCCAAGCCAUUGCCCAUGCCCUGGAAACCAACAAGUGCCUCACCACGCUUCACCUGGGCGGCAAUGAGCUGUCUGAGCCCACGGCCACACUCCUAUCCCAGGUGCUCCCAGUGAACACCACACUCAUCAGCCUCAACCUCUCCUGCAACCACAUCGGGCUGGAUGGUGGGAAGCAGCUCCUGGAAGGCAUGUCGGACAACAAGACCAUUCUGGAGUUUGACUUGCGUCUGUCAGAUGUAUCCCAGGAGAGUGAGUACCUCAUUGGCCAGGUUCUACAUGCCAACCGAGAGGCCGCCCGCCAGCGGACCCUGAAUCCUGGCCACUACAUGUCACCCAUCACUAACAACAGUCCUGAGCAUUCUGUAGGCUAAGAUGGGUGACAGGCCUAGAACAGUGAUCUGAUGGGUCACUGUGGCAGCCAUACCUUCUUUUCACACCUUUGCUCUGCCUGUCCCUGGUUCUGAGGAAGGCAGAAGAGGGGAAUCAGGAGUCUACUUGGAAUGAGUUUACAUGAGUGAAGAUACUGAGGUAGGGAAAGUAGCCUAAGGAUGAAGAGAUGGUAAACUAACUCCUGCACCUGGAAAAUGACCAUACUAGACCUGUAUAAAUGAUGAGCUUCCAGGAACAGGGAAGGCAAAGGACUCUAAAGAGACCAUCCCUGCCCAAACUCUUCACGAACACCAUCUUCCUCUUGACUUACCCAUCUCUUUCCCUCACCUCCUUCCCUUUCUGCUAAGCAGACCCUGGAGCUCUGACCUCAGUACACACACACACACACACACACACACACACACACACACACGCACGCACGCACGCACGCGCACGCACACACCACAAAGUUAUGCCUAUCUCUCUGCUCUCCCACCCUGCCUGAAGAUGCCACCUGCCUGUCAUGGCCCUGGUGUACUGUACUCCACUUCCACAGAUCGCUAAUUCUCAAGCUGGGUGGGGGUCGCAAGUGAGAGAGAGGCUCAGACACAGAAACCUGCUAACAAAGGCAGGGAAUAAGUGUCACUCUGAGGAGGUGAAUCAGUGAGUCAUCCACACUUUUAUUAUCCACCAGUGUGAUUUGUACAAUCUUUGCGCUUGGAAUUCCAUGACAAAAAGGCCACAGUGUGAUGCACCCAAUUUGACAGACAUCUGUCUUCUCCCGAGCCAGGCCCAGCCCACCCCACAAGCCCUUAUCCUCAGGACAUACAGCCUUCCAGGUACCCUCCAUGAGUCCCUGUCAACUCUGUGACUGCCCACCCUGGGGCUGCACCCAUAGGAAUGACAUCAGCCUAUGAAUCCACGAGAGGAUCCGACUGACCAGUUCAGGCCAAGCCCCUUAUCUCCCAACUCUCCUUGAGCUGAGUGGCCCAGAGCCCACCUAUCCUAAAGAUGGGUGACUGAACUGCAGCUGCAAUCCAGGAGGGCCUGCACUCCAGGGACUCUUUGCAACAAGCAGACGCGGAGCAGAGCACCAGAGGGGGCUUGGGAGUGACUAUGUGUGUGCCUGUCCGGGCACCCUAGAGUCAUCUGCGCCUGACACCCUCUGACAGUUCCAGAGUGCAAACAUGUAGGUGUGAGUGUGUGUAGCCACAGCUGCUAGCAGAGGUUCUAAUUAGAGAAACAAGAACAUUCAGUGUAAAGUUUAAUUUUAGAGAUUAAUUAAUUUUCUGGUUUUCAUUUUCCCUGGCAAUCAAUAAAGCUACCAAGAAAAGAGA